AUGGAGAGCUCCAAGCCGACGCUUGUGCUGGACAUCGACAACACGCUGGUAUGUGGAAGGGCGACCAAGCGGCCGGGGCUGGAUGAAUUCCUGGCCAGAGUAAGCAAACUCUACGAGAUCGUCGUGUUCACAUCCGGCAACCGAGAGCGCGCGGAUCGGAUCAUCGACCACAUUCUCAAAGUGAAUGUCGCGCGCCGCCUCUACAAUGAUUCUUGCGUCCGGGGCACCAAGCCGCUGGAGAUUUUGGGAAAGGAUUUGAGAAGAGUGGUGGCCAUAGACGACAAUCCACUCGCGUUUGCGGGCAAUGAGGAGAAUGGCUUGGCGGUUGUGCCCUUUUCGGAGUGGAGCAUGGAGGAGGAAGAGCGCGAGAAGAAUUUGAUCAAGCUACUGCCGCUGCUCGAAGGGAUUUCGUCGCUGGAGGAUUUGAGGCCGCCGCUUAAGCAGUGGAAGGAAGGCAUUGAAAGUGAACUGAAACUUCCUUCUUCUUGUUAG